AUUUCUCUUUAUUAGCUGACGGUAGUGAAAGUGAUGGGGGAAAUUCCCCAGUUUGUUCAUAUAAGAUUCCGGGGCAUGGUUCUUAUUCUUGGCUUUAUCUUAUUAAAAUUUUCACAGAUAUUGUUGUAUUCGGUGGGAAUAUAAAACUAAAGUAUGGAAUUAACACAAGAAGUUAGUGUGAAGACUUAUAAAAUAGAAAUAGAUAAUAAUCAGGUGUGUGAUGAUCCUUUAAGUACCUUCAAAAUUGAAAUAAAAGAGGAACCCAAGCGAGAACAUACAUACGAUGCAUUUGACUAUUCAGAAUUCAAUCAACUUGCUGAAAACACUGAAUUAGAACAAGAUGAAUAUAAAUUUAACCUAUUUGAAGAAAAUCAAACAAAAAAUGAUGAAGGUUGUCCCAAGGAGGAGAACAAAAUGGAAACUUUACCUGCGCAUUCAUCUCGGGAAGAAAACUACAGAGGUCAACACGUCAAAGAAAAAAUAUUAAACAAAAAUGUGGAAGUUGUGACUGGACAAAGAGCUCAUAAAUGCGAAAUUUGUUUAAAGCAGUUUACUAAAAGCGAUUCUUUAAAACAACAUUUGAGAGUGCACACUGGAGAAAAACCUCACAAGUGUGAAAUUUGUGUAAAGCAAUUUAGCCAAGCAGGUGAUUUGAAAAGACAUUUGAGAGCACACACUGGAGAAAAACCUCACAAGUGUGAAAUUUGUUUGAAGCAGUUUUCUCAAAAGGGUAUUUUAAAAAAUCAUUUGAGAACCCACACUGGAGAAAAACCUCACCAGUGUGAAAUUUGUUGUAAGCAGUUUUCUCAAAAAAGUAUUUUAAAAAUUCAUUUGAGGGCUCACACUGGAGAAAAACCUCACCAGUGUGAAAUUUGUUUUAAGCAGUUUUCUCAAAUAGGUAUUUUAAAAAAUCAUUUGAGAACCCACACUGGAGAAAAACCUCACCAGUGUGGAAUUUGUGUAAAGCAAUUUAGUCAAGAAAGUGAUUUGAAAAGACAUUUGAGAACACACACUGGAGAAAAACCUCACAAGUGUGAAAUUUGUUCUAAGCAAUGUACUCAAGCAGCUGGUUUGAAAAAACAUUUGAGAACGCACACUGGAGAAAAACCUCACGAGUGUAAAACUUGUUUUAAACAGUUUAGUGAAGCAAGUAAUUUGAAAAGACAUUUGAGAGUGCACACUGGAGAACAACCUUACAAGUGUGAAACUUGUUUAAAGCGGUUUACUACUGCAAGUGAAUUGAAAAGACAUUUGAGAGUGCACACUGGAGAAAAACCUUAUAAGUGUGAAAUUUGUUUUAAGCAGUUUGGUGUAGCAAAUACUUUAAAAACACAUCUGAGAGUGCACACUGGAGAAACACCUUAUAAGUGUGAAAUUUGUUUUAAGCAGUUUUCUCAGAAAGUCCAGUUAAAAAUACAUUUGAGAGUGCACACUGGAGAAAUGCCUUAUAAAUGUGAAAUUUGUUUUAAGCAGUUUAGGCGAACAGGUAAUUUGAAAGCACAUUUGAGCCUGCACACUGGAGAAAAGCCUUGUAAGUGUGACAUUUGUUUUAAACAAUUUAGUAAUCUCACUAAUUUGAAAACACAUUUAAGAGUGCACACUGGAGAAAAACCUCACAAGUGUGAAAUUUGUUCUAAGCAAUGUAGUCAAGCAAAUGAUUUGAAAAAACAUUUUUUGAGAAUGCAUAUUAGGGAAAAACUUCACAAAUGUGAAAUUUGUUUUAAACAGUUUAUUACUAAAAGUGAGCUGAAAUCCCAUUUGAGAACACAUACUGGAGAAAAACCUCACGAGUGUGAAGCUUGUUUUAAACAGUUUAGUAAUGCAAGUAACUUUAAAAUACAUUUGAGAGUGCACACUGGAGAACAACCUUACAAGUGUGAAACUUGUUUAAAGCGGUUUACUACUACAAGUGAUUUAAAAAAACAUUUAAGAGUGCACACUGGAGAAAAACCUCACAAGUGUGAAAUUUGUUUAAAGCAAUGUAGUCAAGCAGGUGAUUUGAAAAAACAUUUUUUUAGAAUGCAUAUUAGAGAAAAACUUCACAAGUGUGAAAUUUGUUUUAAACAAUUAAUUACUAAAAGUGACCUGAAAUCCCAUUUAAGAACACAUACUAGAGAAAAAUCUUUAUAAGUGUGAAAUUUGUUUGAAACAAUUUAAUCAAGGAUGUGAUUUGAAAACACAUUUGAGAGUACACACUGGAGAAAAACCUCACGAGUGUGAAGCUUGUUUUAAACAGUUUAGUGAAGCAAUUAAUUUGAAAAGAAAUUUGAGAGUGCACACUGGAGAACAACCUUACAAGUGUGAAACUUGUUUAAAUAAGCGGUUUACUACUGCAAGUGAAUUGAAAAGACAUUUGAGAGUGCACACUGGAGAAAAACAUUAUAAGUGUGAAAUUUGUUUUAAGCAGUUUGGUGUAGCAAAUACUUUAAAAACACAUCUGAGAGUGCACACUGGAGAAACACCUUAUAAGUGUGAAAUUUGUUUUAAGCAGUUUUCUCAGAAAGUCCAGUUAAAAAUACAUUAGAAUGCACACUGGAGAAAUGCCAUAUAAAUGUGAAAUUUGUUUUAAGCAGUUUAGGCGAACAGGUAAUUUGAAAGCAGAUUUGAGCCUGCACACUGGAGAAAAGCCUUGUAAGUGUGACAUUUGUUUUAAACAAUUUAGUAAUCUCACUAAUUUGAAAACACAUUUAAGAGUGCACACUGGGGAAAACCUUACAAGUGUGAAAUUUGUUUAAAGCAAUGUAGUCAAGCAAGUGAUUUGAAAAAACAUUUUUUGAGAAUGCAUAUUAGAGAAAAACUUCACAAAUGUGAAAUUUGUUUUAAAUAGUUUAUUACUAAAAGUGAGCUGAAAUCCCAUUUGAGAACACAUACCGGAGAAAACAUUACGAGUGUGAAGCUUGUUUUAAACAGUUUAGUAAUGCAAGUAACUUUAAAAUACGUUUGAGAGUGCACAAUGGAGAACAACCUUACAAGUGUGAAAUUUGUUUAAAGCAAUGUAGUCAAGCAAAUGAUUUGAAAAAACAUUUUUUUAGAAUGCAUAUUAGAGAAAAACUGGAGAAAAACCUUACAAGUGUGAAAUUUGUUCUAAGCAACUUAGGGAGCGUUCAAGUAUUACGUAACGCAGUUUUUGAAGAUUUUUGACCCCCCCUCCCCCUACAUAAACGUUACGUAACACCCAAGUGACCAGUUGCGAAAAGUACUAGAAACUCUGUAAAAUAACUUUGUUAUUGUGUUAAUCGCAUUUGAGGUAAUAACUUACAAUAAACUAACAAUAAAUAAUAAACUUACAA